AUGAUUAUGAAGCUGAUAAAAAAUUUCGAAGCGAGAUGCAAACGUUGGAAAAACCUGUUUCGAACAGAUUUCAGUUGUCAAGACGAUGCAUGGAAAAUGCGACAAGUUGUCUGUAAGCUUGGGUCAAACGAACAGUCCAGAUUUGUUGACCAUAUUCUUCUCAAACAGCCCAAGGAUAUGAAAUUUGACGAAGUGAUCUUGUUCAGUAUCCGUUACGAGUAUCUGAAAAUUGGCAAACGGGAUACGGAGGGUUAUGGGAUGCUUACCGAUUUAGUCAAUCAAGAUGCGGACAUUCGUACCCGUUUAUCAUCCAAACUUGAUUUGGACCCGGGUGUAAAUCGGAAUUCUUUCAUGGCCGAUUCCAGACAUCUUCUCUGCCCGAAGCAUGAUACUGCGUUGGCCAAAAAGAAGAUCCACACAGUUGAUAUCAAUCAAAUGUAUUGCCCAAAUAAUCAGCCAUCCGUGACAAGCUUCAAACGCCUGUUAGUACAUUGGUCCAAAGUGCACCAUGUUGUGUUUGGUCUAAGCGUACGAAUGACACGAGCGACUCUUUCUUAA